AUGACCCGAGUGGAAGACCAACGUGAAACGAACAGCUGCGCCGCCAACGCGGUGGCGGGAGCCUAUGAGUAUUUGCUGAAGAAGAGAGGUGAUGAAAAAGUGGAUGUGUCUCGUUUGUUCAUCUACUACGUAGGCCGAAAGUUUUUUGAGUGGCUGGAUCCCCGGACACGGAAAGCCAUCGAAGAGAUGAGGAAGCCGGCACGUGUCCCCGUGGAUGGCGGCAUGUCGAUUGAAGGUUGCAUUCGGGCCAUGGAAGUGAAAGGUGUUUGCUUGGAAUCUUCCUGGCCCUAUGAUAUUCGGUAUGUAAAUCACAAGCCCAAUGAGGACUGCUUCAAAGAGGCGCUUAAGUACAAGAUUGUGGACAAGGAGAGGAUCAAGAAAGACACCAACUUGAUGCGGAAGAAGCUCAGCGAAGGUCAUCCAAUCGUCUGCGGCCUGAGGCUUUCGGAGCGCAUCUUUAAACCAGCCAGCAGCGGUUUCAUUCCAACUCCCGAGGACGGCGAGAAGAUGGCGGCCGUACACGGGAGGCAUGCGAUGCUCAUCGUCGGCUACAACGACCGCAAGAAAGUCUUCAUUGUCCGAAACAGCUGGGGGGAAUCCUGGGGGGACAAGGGCUACUGCUACAUGAACUAUGACUACGUGGCCAACCCCAAGUUCAACGAAUCACCUCUCUACAUCAUCAAAGCGCUUGGGGCUGAGGAUGUAGACCUCACUCCCGACCCAGAUGACGGCGAGGAUCCUUCCUUGGAGGACGACAACGCGGGUGUGAAGGUGGAACUGGAAGAGAUCGAGGACGAGGCACCUGCAGAGGAGGUCGAGGAGGAGGAAGAUGGCUUCGACUUUUCCGCGGAGUUCAAAGGCGAUAAGCUCGUGCGGGAGUUCUUCUUAGCACACGGCGGUAAGCUGAAGCAUGGUGAGUUCACACAUUGCCUCAAGAUCCACUCCCAAAGUGAGGCGGGAAGCGUGCUGGAGAUUUUGUGGUUCCAUUCAGCCAAAGGCUCUGUGGCACCACCCUUCUUGUAUUGCUCGAAGCACGUUUUGGCGGGUGCUUUCCGCGUUUGUGAUCGGUUCGCCGACGCGUUGGGGCAGGGUGGCAUGGAGUUCGUCCACGUGGAGGUGGUCCGCAUCAAUGGGCAAUCUGCACAGAUCAGGGUCAGCGAAGACUCCACUGUUGAGGAGCUGAGGCGGGAAGCGCAGGUGGCGCUGCGCAUGGGCAGGGGAGUGCUGUUGAACGCAUCUGGAGAUCUGCUACAGGCAACAGCCACAUUGGGCCAGGCCAAUGUGAAGACCGGAGACGUCUUGACGCUGCACUCCCACGGAAUUAGCGUGGCCGCUGCUGAAAGCGCCUUCGUCGCCAUCCUCAGCGACACGCAGCUGCAGGCCUCGGUCGUGUCCUUUGCCGCCAUCCUGGGUGAUGGGUCGGUUGUGACGUGGGGCGAUCCCGCAAGCAGCGACAUCACCGCCGUCUCGAGUCGGCUCAAAGGCGUGCAGCAGAUCCAGGCGACGGACUCAGGCGCUUUUGCAGCCAUCCUUGAUGACGGCUCUGUGGUGACGUGGGGCACUCCGGAGUCUGGUGGCGACAGCCGGUCCGUGCAGCAUUGUCUGAGGGAGGUUCGGCAGGUGCAGUCCUCACAUGGAGCAUUUGCCGCCAUUCUGGAUGGUGGAUCCGUCGUGACGUGGGGCAAGCCCGAGUAUGGUGGCGACAGCAGCUCUGUAAAGGAUCGGCUCAAGAAUGUCACAUGUGUCCAGUCUUCGCACGGUGCCUUUGCUGCCAUCCUUGAUGACGGAUCCGUGGUGACGUGGGGAGACGACAGCUAUGGCGGUGACAGCAGUCAUGUUCAACAUCAGCUCAGGGAUGUGCAGGAAAUCCAGGCUUCCUUUGGAGCCUUUGCUGCCAUUCUCCGGGGUGGCGCCGUGGUGACCUGGGGCGUCGCGAGCUACGGGGGAGACAGCAGCUCCGUCCAGCCCCGGCUUCGUGGCGUGGAGCAGGUGCAGUCUUCAACCAACGCCUUUGCCGCCAUCCUUUCCGAUGGCUCCGUCGUGACGUGGGGCUCGCCCGGCUAUGGAGACAGCAGCGCUGUCCAGGAGCGCCUGGUCAACGUGCGGCAGAUCCAGGCGACGGACUGGGCGUUUGCAGCCAUCCUCUGGGAUGGAUCCGUGGUGACCUGGGGACAGGCUGGCUACGGUGGUGACAGCAGCAGGGUGCAGGAGAGGCUUCGGAAUGUGCUGCAAAUCCAAGCCUCGUGCGGAGCGUUUGCGGCCAUCUGUGGUGAUGGUUCCGUAGUAACCUGGGGUCACAGGAACCACGGGGGCGACAGCACAUCGGUGCAGAGCCAUCUUGACGUCCAGCAUGUCUUGCAGCCGGGGUUGCUAAGUGAUUGCGAACUGGGCGAUGACUCGGCAGUCGGAUUGGAGAUCGCGGCGGAUCUCCGCGAGGCGGAGAAGGCCAUCAGCGAGAUCCUCGCGUCCCUGGACCGGAGCCCCAAGGGAUCCAUCGACGCGCCCAUCGUGGAGUUCAUGGAGUGGCUGAACCAGCAGGCGGAUCUGGUGACUACUUCAUCCUGCAGCGGCCGCAUCGCAAUUUUCCAUGGCUCCGCCGAUCCCUCCAACUCCAAGGGCGGGGAGUGGCUGCUGGCGAGUCAUGAGACCUUGCCGAGCAGCGCGGAGACGUGGCGGGAGCUGUGCGCAGCAUUGGAAAGGCGGCAGGCUACAAACGCAGGGAUGCUGACCUCGCUGCUGCUGGAGCCUUUUGUUCUUCAUGCGGAAUGCGCCGAUGCGGCCCUGGCUCAGCAUAUCCUGGGAGUGGCACGAGACGCAGGCUUUCGCGAGAGCGGAGUGAGUUUGGGCCGGAAGCGCGUCAUGGUGCAAAUUCGCACGGUGGCCAUGCGCCUGGAAGUGCCGCUUGCGAUGGAUGGACAAAUCCUGGUGAAUGCGACGUAUUUCGAAGCCUUGCUGCAAAUCGCCAACAGCCGACUCAGCGAGAAUGCCGCGCGGGUGGCGCGCUUGUGGAGCAACUUGAAGCAGGCCUUGGCGGUGAGGCCCUCGGCGAGCUCCUCCAGCGGAGAGCCUUGGAUCCUCGUGUGCCCGCAGGCCUGCGCGAGGUCCAUCAAGUUGGCACUGGAGGCGCGGGGCUGGUUGGACGAAUCUCGCAAGAUGCAGAGCUACAGCAGCUCUGAGUCUGCAGAAGUGAGCCCGUCCAUUGCCAUCCCACUGAUGGAGGAGGCGGUGGAUGCUUUGCAGGCUAUCUCGCAAGAUGCGGCUGAGGCAGAGGAGGAGGAGGAGGCCCGCCCCUCGAGUGCACCGGCAAUGGCGUCCGAGACGGAGACCGUGGAAAUAGCCACCGGCACUGCUUUGGAGUGCGGAGUUCCACCGAAAAAGAAGCGCCCUCCCACGGUCGCGGCCAAUUUGCAUGAGCUUUGGAGGCAGCGGCGCGGAGAUCUGCACAUCCUGCAGAGCGCCGAGUUGCCCAAGAAGUCGAAACCCACCGGUGGCACCCAUGCAGCCCUCACAGAACGAGACAAGAUCUCCGAGGCCAUUCAGGGCCUGAUGCGAGAGGUGGCUGCAGACCAAAGUCGCCAAGCAUGCUUUGAACAAAUUCGUCAUCUCCUUAGGGAUGUUGAGCACUUGCCCGUACUGCAAUGGCGCGGCGAUGUGGCGCUCCUUCCACGUGGCAGCUUUGCCGGCACAGACUGGGGGACGUUGGAGCGCGAAGCACGCGAAGUUCAGGGAGGCCUCUGGGAGUGCAUCAGGACAGCUGUGCAUGCCCGGCUGCUGUGCCGACAGGAGGAAAUUCUUGUGGAUGACCCCGUGCGUGGAGGCAACGUGCAGAUUCUGGCUGGCAGCGGUUCUGGCUGGGUGGUGGUGCCUGGUCCCAAGAGCGUGCGCUAUGCCUUCGACGUCACGAAGUGCAUGUUCUCAGAAGGCAAUGCCGCGGAGAAGAACCGCGUGGCAUCGUGGAAAGUAGAGGGCGAGACAAUCCUCGACAUGUACGCCGGUAUAGGUUUCUGGACGCUCCCGCUUCUCGCGGCUGGGGCAGCAUAUGUCAUUGCCUGCGAGUGGAAUCCGGAUGCCCUGGCGGGCCUGCGUGAGGGGCUGCGCUUGCUUGGGGAGCCGCUGUCCGCACGUUGCAAGGUGCUGCCAGGAGACAACCGACGACCGGAGGUCCUUGAAGAGACGUCCAACAGAUGCCACCGCGUCAUCCUUGGCCUGAUUCCGUACAGCCGCGACGGUUUUCCUGUUGCCGUGGCUGCUCUGCGGCCGGCGGGUGGCACGCUGCACGUGCACUGGAACGCGGCCGUUGACGCGGAGUCGGCCGAGGCAGAGCUGGUGGCGAAAGAGGUGCAGGAGCAGCUGUGCAAGAUUCUUAGUAGCUGA